AUGGAUCGAUUCGCCAGCAGAUUCCCACCUCUUAGGAACGUGGCCGUGUGGUGCUUCAUCCUGCUCCGAUCAGUAUCCAUCCAGGACCGGACUCACAGCCACGCCGAGGAGCGCCUCUUCAAGUACCUGUUCACCAGCUACAACCGGUGGUCCCGGCCAGUCCCCAACAUCUCCGACGUCGUCAUCGUCAGAUUUGGGCUGUCCAUCGCUCAGCUGAUUGACGUGGAUGAGAAGAACCAAAUGAUGACCACAAACGUCUGGCUGAAACAGGAGUGGAGUGACUACAAGCUGCGCUGGAACCCGGCGGACUUCGAUAACGUCACCUCCAUCCGGGUGCCCUCUGAGAUGAUCUGGAUUCCUGACAUUGUGCUGUAUAACAACGCCGACGGGGAGUUCGCCGUGACGCACAUGACCAAAGCCCACCUCUUCUCCAACGGCAAGGUGAAGUGGGUGCCGCCGGCCAUCUACAAGAGCUCAUGCAGCAUCGACGUGACCUUCUUCCCCUUCGACCAGCAGAACUGCAAGAUGAAGUUUGGCUCAUGGACGUACGACAAGGCCAAGAUUGACCUGGAGAGCAUGGAGCGAGACGUGGACCUGAAAGACUACUGGGAGAGCGGGGAAUGGGCCAUCAUCAACGCCGUGGGCACCUACAACACCAAGAAAUAUGACUGCUGCACGGAGAUCUACCCCGACAUCACCUACUGCUUCAUCAUCCGGCGCUUGCCCCUUUUCUACACCAUCAACCUCAUCAUCCCCUGCCUGCUCAUCUCCUGCCUGACCGUGCUGGUCUUCUACCUGCCCUCCGACUGCGGGGAGAAGAUCACCCUCUGCAUCUCCGUGCUGCUCUCCCUCACUGUCUUCCUGCUGCUCAUCACCGAGAUCAUCCCUUCCACCUCGCUGGUCAUCCCCCUGAUCGGCGAGUACCUCCUCUUCACCAUGAUCUUCGUCACCCUCUCCAUCGUCAUCACCGUCUUCGUCCUCAACGUCCACCACCGCUCGCCCAGCACCCACAAGAUGCCCCGCUGGGUGCGCGCCGCCUUCCUGGACUUCAUCCCCCGCUGGCUUUUCAUGAGGCGGCCUCCGGUGCUAACCCCCCGGCAGGGGCUGAGCGGGGAGUAUGACCCGCCUGGCGUCAGGCUCAGCACCUCCAGGGGCUGGCUGGAAACGGACGUCGAUGACACAUGGGAGGAGGAGGAGGAGGAGGAAGAGGAGAGGAGGCACCCCGGACGCGCGCCACUCCAGACAGGCUCCCACAAACACAGCGUCCAAUACCGCUCCGGCUGCGGCCGCCACCUGGGCAGGGGGCGGGGGGCCCGGGCACAGCGCCCGCCUGCCAAAGGGGACAGCUUGGGGUCGGAUCCCAGCUUGCUGCUGUCCCCCAGCAUUCUGAAGGCCUUGGAGGGGGUGCACUACAUCGCAGACCACCUGCGGGCCGAGGACGCUGAUUUCUCGGUGAAGGAGGACUGGAAGUAUGUCGCUAUGGUAAUAGACCGGAUAUUCCUCUGGAUGUUUAUCAUCGUCUGUUUGCUGGGGACCAUCGGCCUCUUCCUCCCUCCCUUCCUGGCUGGGAUGAUAUAG